GUGCGGGCGCAGCCUCGGGAGCGGGACCGGGAUGGGGUUGUCCAGCCGCACAUAGCCCGCCCCGCCGCCUCCGCAGCCAGGGGCAGUAAGCCAGAGAUGACUGACAAGAUGUCGAGCUUCCUUCAUAUUGGAGAUAUUUGUUCUCUCUAUGCAGAGGGCUCAACAAAUGGAUUUAUUAGCACUUUGGGCCUUGUGGAUGAUCGGUGCGUUGUGCAGCCAGAGGCAGGGGAUCUUAACAACCCACCCAAAAAAUUCCGAGAUUGCCUGUUCAAGCUGUGUCCCAUGAACCGGUACUCGGCUCAGAAGCAGUUCUGGAAGGCAGCAAAGCCGGGAGCCAACAGCACCACGGACGCCGUGCUGCUCAAUAAACUGCACCAUGCGGCCGACUUGGAGAAGAAACAGAACGAAACCGAGAACAGGAAACUGCUGGGAACAGUCAUCCAGUAUGGGAAUGUGAUCCAGCUGCUUCACUUAAAAAGUAACAAAUACUUAACAGUAAAUAAGAGGCUGCCAGCUCUGCUAGAGAAGAAUGCAAUGAGGGUGACCUUGGAUGAAGCUGGAAAUGAAGGUUCCUGGUUCUACAUCCAGCCCUUCUACAAACUGCGGUCCAUCGGAGACAGCGUGGUCAUUGGAGACAAAGUGGUCCUGAAUCCUGUCAAUGCUGGGCAGCCUCUCCACGCCAGCAGCCAUCAGCUCGUGGAUAACCCGGGAUGCAAUGAGGUCAACUCAGUGAACUGCAACACCAGCUGGAAGAUCGUGCUCUUCAUGAAAUGGAGCGACAACAAGGACGACAUCCUCAAAGGGGGGGACGUGGUGAGGCUGUUCCACGCGGAGCAGGAGAAGUUCCUGACGUGUGAUGAGCACAGGAAGAAGCAGCACGUGUUCCUCAGGACCACGGGCAGACAGUCGGCCACGUCUGCCACCAGCUCCAAGGCCCUGUGGGAAGUGGAGGUGGUGCAGCACGAUCCCUGCCGCGGCGGCGCCGGAUACUGGAACAGCCUCUUCAGGUUCAAGCACCUGGCGACAGGGCACUACCUGGCAGCAGAGGUAAACCCUGACUAUGAGGAAGAUGACCUGGAGUGUCAAUCCUCACUGGACCCUGAGCAGGACGCGGCGCGGCGGGGCCCGCGCGCCCAGGAGAAGAUGGCCUACUCCCUGGUGUCCGUGCCCGAGGGCAACGACAUCUCCUCCAUCUUCGAGCUGGACCCCACCACCCUGCGCGGGGGAGACAGCCUCGUCCCCAGGAACUCCUAUGUCAGGCUCAGGCACCUUUGCACCAACACCUGGGUUCACAGCACCAAUAUCCCUAUUGAUAAAGAAGAGGAGAAACCCGUGAUGCUUAAAAUUGGUACCUCUCCAGUGAAGGAGGACAAAGAAGCUUUUGCUAUAGUACCAGUGUCACCUGCAGAGGUUCGGGACUUGGAUUUUGCAAAUGAUGCAAGUAAGGUUUUAGGUUCCAUUGCUGGCAAGUUGGAAAAGGGAACGAUAACCCAGAAUGAAAGAAGAUCUGUUACCAAACUGCUGGAGGAUUUGGUCUACUUUGUUACUGGUGGAACUAAUUCUGGACAAGAUGUCCUUGAAGUGGUGUUUUCUAAACCUAACAGAGAACGGCAAAAGCUGAUGAGAGAACAGAAUAUUCUGAAGCAGAUUUUCAAGCUGCUGCAGGCGCCGUUCACGGACAGCGGCGAUGGGCCGAUGCUGCGGCUGGAGGAGCUGGGGGACCAGCGCCACGCACCCUUCAGGCACAUCUGCAGGCUCUGCUACAGGGUGCUCAGGCACUCCCAGCAGGACUACAGGAAGAAUCAGGAAUACAUUGCCAAGCAGUUUGGCUUCAUGCAGAAGCAGAUUGGCUACGACGUGUUGGCCGAGGACACCAUCACAGCCCUGCUCCACAACAACCGCAAGCUCCUGGAGAAGCACAUCACAGCUGCUGAGAUUGACACCUUCGUGAGUCUCGUGAGGAAAAAUAGGGAGCCCAGGUUUUUGGAUUACCUCUCUGAUCUGUGCGUUUCCAUGAACAAGUCUAUUCCGGUGACACAGGAGCUGAUUUGUAAAGCUGUGCUGAAUCCAGCCAAUGCAGACAUUCUCAUUGAAACCAAGCUGGUCCUCUCCCGCUUCGAAUUCGAAGAAGUGUCAAGUGGGGAAAACGCCCUGGACGUUGGAGAAGACGAGGAAGAAGUGUGGUUGUUCUGGAGAGACAGCAACAAGGAGAUCCGCAGCAAGAGCAUCCGAGAGCUGGCCCAGGAUGCCAAGGAAGGGCAGAAGGAGGAUCGGGACGUGCUCAGCUACUACAGGUACCAGCUGAACCUCUUUGCUAGAAUGUGCCUUGACCGCCAGUACUUGGCCAUCAACGAGAUCUCGGGGCAGCUGGACGUGGACCUGAUCCUGCGCUGCAUGUCCGACGAGAACCUGCCCUACGACCUGCGCGCCUCCUUCUGCCGCCUCAUGCUGCACAUGCACGUGGACAGGGACCCCCAGGAGCAGGUGACCCCCGUCAAGUACGCCCGGCUCUGGUCCGAGAUCCCCUCGGAGAUCGCCAUCGAUGACUAUGAUAGCAGUGGAACUUCCAAAGAUGAAAUUAAGGAGAGAUUUGCACAAACAAUGGAAUUUGUAGAGGAAUAUUUAAGAGAUGUGGUGUGUCAGAGGUUCCCUUUCUCUGAUAAAGAGAAAAAUAAGCUCACUUUUGAGGUUGUUAACUUAGCCAGAAAUCUGAUAUAUUUUGGUUUCUACAACUUCUGUGACCUCCUCAGACUAACCAAAAUCCUCCUUGCUAUAUUAGACUGUGUGCACAUCACUACCAUCUUCCCUAUUACCAAGAUGGCAAAAGGCGAGGAAAGCAAAGGGAGCAAUGUGAUGAGGUCAAUCCAUGGAGUGGGAGAGCUGAUGACCCAGGUGGUGCUCAGAGGUGGGGGGUUCCUGCCCAUGACUCCGCUCGCUGCUGCUCCCGAGGGGAAUGUCAAGCAGAGCGAGCCGGAGAAGGAGGACAUCCUGGUCAUGGACACCAAGCUGAAGAUCAUUGAAAUACUUCAGUUUAUUUUGAACGUGCGACUGGACUACAGGAUCUCCUGCCUGCUUUGCAUAUUUAAACAUGAGUUUGAUGAAAGCAAUGCCCAGAUGUCCGAGUCACCCACUGGAAGCAGCAGUCAAGAAAUGCCAGCUAAUGUUCCAGGAGCCCUGGACUUCGAACAUAUCGAGGAACAAGCUGAGGGGAUCUUUGGAGGAAGGAAAGUAUCUCUUCACAGUGAGGAGAACACACCUCUGGAUUUGGAUGAUCACGGUGGCAGAACAUUUCUCCGAGUUCUGUUGCACUUAACCAUGCAUGAUUACCCUCCCCUGGUGUCUGGAGCACUGCAGCUCCUCUUCAGGCACUUCAGCCAGAGGCAAGAAGUCCUUCAAGCUUUCAAACAGGUUCAACUGCUUGUUACCAGCCAAGAUGUUGACAACUACAAGCAGAUCAAACAAGACUUGGACCAGCUGAGGUCAAUAGUGGAGAAGUCGGAGCUGUGGGUGUACAAAGGCCAAGGUCCUGACGAGGCCAUGGACAGUGUGCCAGGUGAAAACGAGCACAAGAAGAAAGAGGAAGGUCACAGCAAGUCCCAAAAGCCUGAAAGUACUAGCAGCUACAACUACCGGGUAGUAAAAGAGAUCCUGCUGCGGCUAAGCAAGCUCUGUGUGCAGGAAGGGGCCUCGGUGAGGAAGAGCCGGAAGCAGCAGCAGCGACUCCUGCGGAACAUGGGAGCCCACGCCGUGGUGCUGGAGCUGCUGCAGAUCCCCUACGAGAAGGCUGAAGACACGAGGAUGCAGGAGAUAAUGAAGCUUGCACACGAGUUUUUGCAGAACUUCUGCGCUGGGAACCAACAGAAUCAGGCCUUGCUGCACAAGCACAUAAACCUGUUCCUUAACCCAGGGAUUCUGGAAGCAGUGACAAUGCAGCACAUUUUCAUGAACAACUUCCAGCUCUGCAGCGAGAUCAACGAGCGCGUCGUUCAGCACUUCGUCCACUGCAUCGAAACCCACGGCAGGAACGUUCAGUACAUCAAGUUCCUGCAGACAAUCGUCAAGGCAGAGGGGAAGUUCAUUAAGAAAUGCCAGGAUAUGGUAAUGGCUGAGCUGGUGAACGCAGGAGAAGAUGUGCUGGUGUUCUACAACGACAGAGCCUCCUUCCAGACCCUGGUGCAGAUGAUGAGGUCAGAGAGGGAUCGGAUGGACGAGAACAGCCCCCUGAUGUACCACAUCCACCUGGUGGAGCUGCUGGCUGUGUGCACUGAGGGCAAAAAUGUCUACACAGAGAUCAAGUGCAACUCCCUCCUCCCCCUGGAUGACAUUGUGAGGGUGGUGACCCACGAGGAUUGCAUUCCUGAGGUCAAAAUAGCCUACAUCAACUUCUUGAACCACUGCUACGUGGACACAGAAGUAGAAAUGAAAGAGAUUUACACCAGUAAUCACAUGUGGAAGCUGUUUGAGAACUUCCUGGUUGACAUCUGUCGGGCCUGUAACAACACCAGCGACAGGAAGCACGCGGACUCCAUCCUGGAGAAGUACGUGACGGAGAUCGUGAUGAGCAUUGUCACCACCUUCUUCAGCUCCCCCUUCUCUGACCAGAGCACAACCCUGCAGACUCGCCAGCCCGUGUUCGUGCAGCUGCUGCAGGGGGUGUUCAGGGUGUACCACUGCAACUGGCUGAUGCCCAGCCAGAAGGCCUCUGUGGAGAGCUGCAUUCGGGUCCUCUCAGAUGUAGCCAAAAGCCGAGCGAUUGCAAUUCCUGUGGACUUGGACAGCCAGGUGAACAAUCUGUUCCUGAAGUCCCAUAACAUUGUGCAGAAGACUGCCAUGAACUGGAGGAUGACUGCCAGGAACGCUGCCCGCAGGGACUCGGUGCUCGCUGCCUCCAGGGACUACCGCAACAUCAUCGAGAGGCUGCAGGACAUCGUGUCAGCCCUGGAGGAUCGCCUGCGUCCCCUCGUGCAGGCAGAGCUCUCAGUGCUGGUAGAUGUGCUCCACAGGCCUGAGCUGCUCUUCCCAGAGAACACGGAUGCCAGGAGGAAAUGUGAAAGUGGAGGUUUCAUUUGCAAGUUAAUUAAGCACACAAAACAGCUACUGGAGGAGAAUGAGGAGAAACUGUGUAUUAAGGUACUACAGACGCUCAGGGAAAUGAUGACCAAAGAUAGAGGCUAUGGAGAAAAGAUUACCAUUGAAUUGGAUAAUGCUGAGCUGCCGCAACCUCCCGAAACGGAGAGCCCUGUAGAGCAGGAGCUUGAUCAAACUCUACCACAGAGGCAACUGGAGGAUCAUAGAAGGGGUGAGGCGCUCAGGCAAGUGUUGGUCAACCGUUACUAUGGCAACGUGCGGCCUGCGGGACGGCGGGAGAGCCUGACCACCUUCGGCAACGGGCCCUUGUCCGCUGGCGGCACCGGCAAGGCCGGGGCGGGAGGAGGAAGCUCCGGAUCGAGUUCAAUGAGCAGAGGGGAGAUGAGUUUGGCAGAUGUCCAGUGUCAUCUGGAUAAAGAAGGUGCAUCCAACCUGGUCAUAGAUCUCAUCAUGAAUGCCACCAGCGACAGAGUCUUCCAUGAGAGCAUCCUGUUAGCCAUUGCCCUGCUGGAAGGUGGGAACACCACGAUACAGCAUUCCUUCUUCUGCCGACUGACGGAAGACAAGAAAUCCGAGAAGUUCUUUAAGGUUUUUUAUGAUCGCAUGAAAGUGGCACAGCAAGAAAUCAAGGCAACUGUCACAGUCAACACCAGUGACUUAGGAAACAAAAAGAAAGAUGAAGACUCAGACAGAGAUGUACCCAACAGGAAAAGAGUGAGGGAGCCCAUGACCCAGAUCACGGAGGAGGUCCGGGAUCAGCUGCUGGAGGCGUCUGCGGCCACGCGCAAGGCGUACAACACGUACCGCAGGGAGGCCGACCCCGAGGAGCACUACUCGGCAGGGGAGGGGGCCCAGGCUGCAGCAGACAAGAGCAAGGAUGACCUGGAGAUGAGUGCUGUCAUCUCCAUCAUGCAGCCCAUCCUGCGGUUCCUGCAGCUGCUCUGUGAAAACCACAACCGGGAUCUGCAGAACUUCCUACGCUGCCAGAACAACAAGACAAACUACAACCUGGUGUGUGAGACACUGCAGUUCCUGGACUGUAUCUGUGGGAGCACAACUGGGGGGCUUGGGCUGCUGGGGCUGUACAUCAAUGAGAAGAACGUGGCCCUCAUCAACCAGACCCUGGAGAGUUUGACUGAGUACUGCCAGGGGCCCUGCCAUGAGAACCAGAACUGCAUUGCUACUCACGAGUCCAAUGGCAUUGACAUCAUCACAGCUUUAAUUCUCAAUGACAUCAACCCUCUGGGAAAGAAGAGGAUGGACCUCGUGUUGGAACUGAAGAACAAUGCUUCGAAGCUGCUCUUGGCCAUCAUGGAGAGCAGGCACGACAGCGAGAACGCCGAGAGGAUCCUCUACAACAUGAGGCCCAAGGAGCUGGUGGAAGUGAUCAAGAAGGCUUAUCUGCAGGGAGAAGUGGAAUUUGAGGAUGGAGAGAAUGGGGAAGAUGUUGCAGCAUCUCCAAGGAACGUGGGACACAACAUUUAUAUCUUGGCUCAUCAGUUGGCUCGUCACAACAAAGAGCUGCAGAACAUGCUGAAGCCGGGAGGUCAGAUCGAGGGGGAUGAGGCUCUGGAGUUCUACGCCAAGCACACGGCACAGAUCGAGAUUGUCAGGUCGGACCGUACCAUGGAGCAGAUCGUCUUCCCCGUGCCCAGCAUCUGCGAGUUCCUCACCAAGGAGUCCAAGCUGCGGAUUUACUACACCACAGAGAGGGACGAGCAGGGCAGCAAGAUCAAUGACUUCUUCCUAAAAUCAGAGGACCUCUUCAACGAGAUGAACUGGCAGAAGAAGCUGCGAGCUCAGCCUUUCCUGUACUGGUGUGCUCGGAACAUGUCCUUCUGGAGCAGCAUUUCCUUUAACCUGGCUGUCCUCAUGAACCUGCUCGUGGCAUUUUUCUAUCCCUUCAAAGGAAUUCGAGGAGGCACCCUGGAGCCCCACCUGUCCGGGCUGCUGUGGACAGCCAUGCUGAUCUCCCUGGCCAUCGUCAUCGCCCUCCCCAAGCCCCACGGCAUCCGCGCCCUCAUCGCCUCCACCAUAUUGCGGCUGAUAUUUUCAGUUGGUUUACAACCUACUUUAUUUCUUCUGGGUGCAUUCAACGUUUGUAAUAAAAUCAUUUUUCUGAUGAGUUUUGUGGGUAACUGUGGGACCUUCACUCGAGGAUACAAGGCUAUGAUCAUGGAUGUGGAGUUCCUCUAUCACCUGCUGUACCUGCUGAUCUGUGCCCUGGGGCUCUUCGUGCACGAGUUCUUUUACAGCCUCCUGCUCUUUGACCUGGUGUACCGGGAAGAGACUUUGCUCAACGUCAUCAAGAGCGUCACCCGCAACGGGCGCUCCAUCAUCCUCACUGCCGUGCUGGCCCUCAUCCUGGUCUACCUGUUCUCCAUCGUGGGGUACCUCUUCUUCAAAGAUGACUUCAUCCUGGAAGUGGACAAGCUCCCUAAUGAAACCUUGCUGCCAGAUCGCACAGAGCCAGGUGAGACCAUGACUGGCGAGUUCCUCUAUUCAGAUGUCUGCAAAGCAGGGAGCAGUGAAAACUGCUCUUCCAUCAUUCCUUCAGACCAAGUGCUCACUGAAGAAAUGGAGGAAGAGAACAAGGAGCAUACGUGCGAGACACUGCUGAUGUGCAUUGUUACUGUACUGAGUCACGGGCUCAGGAGCGGGGGUGGAGUAGGUGAUGUGCUCAGGAAACCUUCCAAAGAGGAACCUCUCUUUGCUGCUAGAGUGAUAUAUGAUCUCUUGUUCUUCUUCAUGGUCAUCAUUAUUGUCCUCAACCUGAUUUUUGGGGUGAUCAUUGACACUUUUGCUGAUUUAAGGAGUGAAAAACAGAAGAAGGAAGAAAUUCUAAAAACUACUUGCUUUAUUUGUGGUUUGGAGAGAGAUAAGUUUGACAACAAGACAGUCACGUUUGAAGAGCACAUCAAAGAGGAGCACAACAUGUGGCACUAUCUGUGCUUUAUUGUGUUAGUGAAAGUCAAAGAUUCCACAGAAUACACAGGACCAGAGAGUUACGUGGCAGAAAUGAUCAAGGAGAGAAACCUGGACUGGUUCCCCCGGAUGCGGGCCAUGUCCCUGGUGAGCAGUGACUCAGAAGGAGAGCAGAACGAGCUGAGGAAUUUGCAGGAGAAGUUGGAGUCCACCAUGAAGCUCGUGACCAACCUCUCUGGCCAGCUGUCAGAGCUGAAGGAUCAGGUAAGGGAGCGGAUGGGCGGCCUCACAUCCCUGGGGGCAGGACACAGCUCUGCCAGCCUCUCACACCGAGGGGUGUUUCACAGCUCCACAGCUUCUGCACACCCCAGGGACAACUUGUUUAAAGUAACUUAGGAAAGAAGUGAACAAACCAAAUGUCCCUCCAGUGCCCCGUGCCCCAGCUGACCUGCCUGGUGCUGACCCAACCAGCGUGUUCCAAAGUGGGCACCUCCACAGAGGGAAAACUUGCCUUGAAAAAAUCACCACUGAUGUAUUUAAAUCAGUCCUGGCUGGGGCAGGGAGCCUCUGUGUGUGUUGUUGUUGUUGUUGUUUGGGGUUUUAACCCGAGGACUUAUCAGGCUCCUGUCAGUCAGAGGGUGUGAUACCGAUACAGGGGCUGUGUCACUGCACGGACCUCAAAACCCACCGAGAAACUGGAGAAGCGCUCGAGUGGUUACUGGUGCUGGUCCCUCUGUGCUGUCACUGCCACUGCAGAUGUGAUUUGGCUGCUGCCACACUCCAGCCUGCAGCAUAGACAUCCCCACGAGAUGUUUUGCAUUGCACCAUGUGUUGCUGCUGCGUAACAUGUGAGUGCUCCACAGACCUCGGGGUGUUUUUUUGGUGCAGCAGGUUUUCUGCAGCAGGGCUUUGAGGACUUGUGUUUACUCCUGGCUUGGCUGGGCAUCAUGGGGCUGGUUCCCAGCCCAAGCCCAGCGAUGGCUUUGUCAGAGCCACAGAGGCAGCAGGGCUUGAGCUCGUGUUGUCCGUAGGGAUUGCAGCUUAACGGGGAGGAACAGGGAAAAUGCUGUUGCCUGCGCUGGCGGGAGCUGUUUGUGGUGGCUGCUUAUCUUUGUGCAUUAAUAACCUGAGCCAGAUGGUUCAAUUAGUUACAUUUAUACAGGUAUCAGCACUGGAUAAGAUUAAUUGCUGACUUGCACCUGGGGCAGUCGAUGGAGCUGCCCAGGGCAGGAAAGGCCAGGCAGCUUUGGGCAUUAUCUCCUCAGAUGUGCCCUGCCUGCUGUGGCACAGCUGGCAUGGCUCUGCCAGUGCUGAUCCAGCCCCUGCUUUCCAUCUCUGCUCGGGCUGGCUGGGGUGCUCCAUAAGCCAGUUAUCUUCAGGGAGAAUGAGUCUCUGGAAGGCAGUGCUGACAGAUCCCAGCUCCCUGCCUUCCGAUCACACUCUGCAGUGGGGACGGAGCUGGGCCCUUUUCCCGAACACCCCGUGGAGCACAAGGAAGGGAUUAACAUGUGGGACUGGGAGCAGACAGCCUCGCUGCUCUGGGCUGUAAUUAGUUCUCAGGCACUGUGCCACAGAGCCCCUUGCUCCAGUUGGUCUGAGGAUGGAGGGCAGAGGCAGUUGCUCUUUUGUCUGGGCUUUAGUACUUGCCGGGCAGUGGUUUUGCUGUUUUGCCUGGAAGCAAUUAUCUUGAAACAUGUGUCUUGUGUCUCCCUGCUGAAGGGUCUGACUCAAAGUGGUCUGCAGUCACCAGGAGUCUUUCCACCGGCCGCAGCCAGCGCUGGCUCACGACACAUUUAUUUCUGAAGCUUGCAGCCCUCUUGGCUGACCAAGCACUAAAACCCCUUCUCGCUCUUUGUGAAAAUAAGAAUGAAGGGUUUAGCUUUUAGAGAGCUAUUUGACUGUAAAAGCAAGAGAGGAAACCAGCUUCGUUAAUGUGGUGAUAGCUUUUAGGAAUUCCCCUAAGUACCAUUAUUGAGAGCCCUGCUGAAGAUGCAGGAUGCUCCAAUUAUGUGCCAAAGCCAGUAUAUCCCUCCUCCUGAUCAGGAACUGUCUCCAGGAAAAGGAACUAACUCAGGGAACUUUUAUUUGUAUUUAUUUUCUUGUAAUUAAAUAAAGGGAAAACCUCUCAUUCAUUUGUUCUUCAAGCUCGUUAGGUUCCUGGAGACUGUAAUUGUCAGAACCGGAGCUCCAGCCCGCCUGCUCUCCCAGGGUGCACCCAGAGCCAUUAAAAUCCUGAUCGCUUUAAUUCUGUGCAAAAAGAUUACCCCGGAAUUGUCUGCAGCAGCAGGGGAUUAGAUGUAAUCACCCAGAAAUCCUCCCCGGUGCGGCUCCGGUGUCGGAAGGUGUGAGGCAUCGCUCCUGGACUCCGACCUGGCUGGGCACGGCCCCCCCACCCCCGGGAGCCCUGAGCUGUGGCAGCACAGCUGUGACUCGGGCUGGAGCAGCACCGUGGGCACGUGGAGUCCAGCUGGGAUCCUUUCGUGCCCCUCACCUGUGCCCUGUGCCUGCAGGUCGCUCCAGCUCACCCGUGACCUUUGGAUUGGGGCCGUGGCCCCUGUGCAGUCACAGGCGUUAUCGGGGAGUCCAGCUCGGCCCAGAUGAACCCCAGGCCCCUGGGGCUGUGUUUUGAUCCCAUCAGCACUAUUCCAGGGGCUGGCAGCUCCCUGGAGAUACACUGUGUGUGGCUUUUAUUGCCUGUUAGCCCAGGUGUGCUGUCACUGGAAAGCUUUUGCAAGAGAUUCACUCUCCAGGUAAAUGUGAUGGCAGUAACUUGCUCCCUCCCGCUGCCCUGUGCCCUCCACACAAGCAUAUGUGUUGUGCAGCAUUAAUAAUGUUCUGCAUUAACAGUACAAUUGCAUUUCUCCCUCUUAUUUAUGCUUGGUUGCUUUAUUCUUCCCUUUUUUUAAAGCCACAUCUACAAACAGCUGCAUCAGGGUGCAUUGUCCCUUUUCUACAGCAUGAAAAAUAACCGCUACAGUCCCUUUUCAUUAUUCUCUUUUCUUUCCAUUUUCAUUCCGUGUGUCCUCUGAAUUACUUUAUUGGUGGUGUGAAGUGCUGACUCUUGGUUUGCUCAGUGAAGCUAAUUAAUGUAAAUGGGCAUUUUGAACCAAGUCCUCGUGGCCUCUUUGCAUUCCCGCUUGUGAGUUAUCUUAGGAAUGGUUGAAGGUUCAGCAGGGAGUAGCCUGUGUGUCUCCAGGGAGCAAUGGGAAGGUCCCUCUCCUCCUGUUUCUGUUCCCUGUGAAGCCUUGGAAGCCUUUUGUGGCAAGAGAACUCCAGAAGUGUGGUGCAGGGGAGCGGCAGGAGCGACCUGGCCCCGGGAGGCUGCGGUCAUCCUGCUGGAAAGGGAAAAUACCAGCUCUGCCUCCCCUGGGGUCAGGCAGCGAGCAAGGUGCUGGGCUGAGGUCAAGUUUAAUUAUGGUCUUAGGAGGAAUUAAGGUAUUUCUGCCCUUUCCCUGGUGGUUAAAUGAGUGUCAGUGGACACAGAGUGAGAGCCGUGGGGUGCACAGCGUUGCCCAGCCUGCGCACAUGCAGGGACCUUUUGGAGGUUGCCCAGAACUGCCUGUUUGGACCAAUUCCAUUCCUCACAAUGGUCUCCAGACCCGAGGUCAGGCACCUGGCAUGCCAGGAUACCCUGCACCAGAUGGGAAACUAUCCACCAAUGCUGAGAGUGGGGGUUUUAAAUACACUCAAGUGGUUCAGUGGCAAACACGGUGGUGGUGCUGGGUUGAUGGUUGGACUCAAUAGUCUCAAAGGUCUUUUCCAACCUUAAAGAUUUGUGACUCUAAGUGUGUUACAGGUGAACCAAACGUGCUCACACCAUGUCCCUUCUCCUGGAGUUAUUGCCACAAGCAGUUACAUGGGCUGACAUUUGUCAUUAAGUAUCAUAAAACUGAAAAAUUAGAUGGUGGAUGUAGAUGUUGCAGGAGAAGCAAUUGCUGGGCACCCUCAGCCCAAGGGGAGGAGCAGCAGGAGUGGGAUGUGAGUGUGGCUGUUGGUGCACGCUGCCUCCAUUCCACCAUGGAUCACGUGCUGUGGGGUGUUGAGCCCUGUGGGGGUCAGGGCUCUGGGGGAGCCCUGUGCCCUCGGGGGUCCAGGGACAAGGCAUCCCCUCCCAUACUGCUGCAGCCAAGCAGUGGUCACAGCAGGAGCUGUGCAGUGAUCCAGCUGUGCAGUGAUCCAGCUGUGCAGUGAUCCAGCUGUGCAGUGAUCCAGCUGUGCAGUGAUCCAGCUGUUCCCUCCGGAGCUGUUCCUUACAUGGCCCGUCGGCUUAUGUAAGUUGUCAGGAACCUCCCAAACUUUUAAAAAACCAGAGUGGAGCAUUGGAUUGUGACCAUUUCUCAAGAUCAGUAAUAACAAACCUAAACCAUUUUCCAUUCCUGGUUGCCCUGAUCAGAGGAACAUUCUAUCUGCUGGGAAGCAGUGAUGAAGGUGGGGCUGCCUGGCAGUGAGGUGGUUAAGUCCUGCCUUGGCUUUUGGCAGAUAGGGAGGGAUGUUGGCUCGCUCCGGAUGAGACUGGGAGCGCUGAAGUCUAUUCCAGCAAAGGCAAGGGUAUUCCCAGCCUGACUGGAGGGCUCGCCCCUUUUUUCCGCCCUCUCCGUCUCGUCUGCCUCGGCUGCUGGACCGGUUACAAGGAAUUUCUAACGGGGGAGGUUUCUGCUCUGCGCACUAAUUCCCGCUGGCUGCCGGGCUCCCGGGCCCUUCCCUUGCAGAACAGUAGCCAGGCCCAGGGCUGGGCUCCCGGCCAUCCCGAGGGGGCACAGGGCUGGAGCUGCCCCUGCUCCGUUAGCAGUGCAACCCCGACAGGCAGGGCCGGCCCUUGGACGAGCUGACACACAGGAAGCGCCGGGGCCUAAUGAGCAAACUUGUU